CCCUUCAUUGACAUCUGUCGGACACACACACCCUCAGCUAUGGUGAAUCCCUCAUCCUCAUUGACUUGCACGAAAGUUACGUUGCUGACAGUGUUAGCGAUCGCAAUACAAAUCACUGGUCUAUGUCUCUUCAUUUUGGGCUUCUUUCCCGUUACGCCUACUCUCUCUGGCGUCAGCGGAUUGGAGAGCUUUUAUCCACCAGGCUCGAGUUCAUUUGAAAAUAAAAAUGAGACCAUUUUGCCUAAUCAGCUUAAAUCCUUGUAUCAGGAGCUGUCUGAGGUGCCUCCAUUUUUUGACAGGUUGAUACUGCUGGUAAUUGAUGGCCUUCCUGCUGAAUUUGUGCUCGGAAAAGAUGGGCAUUCUCCUCCUGAAGCUCUCAAGGAGGCUAUGCCAUACACUCAAUCUUUAUUGGAUCAGGGAAGAGGCAUUGGCUACCAUGCAAAGGCUGCACCUCCAACUGUCACUAUGCCUCGCUUGAAGGCCAUGGUUUCUGGCGCGAUUGGGGGCUUUUUGGAUGUUGCUUUUAAUUUCAACACUCAAGCUCUCUUAGAAGACAACAUUAUUGUUCAAUUUCUUAGAGUUGGUUGGAAGAUGGUGAUGCAUGGUGAUGAAACAUGGCUGAAGUUAUUUCCGGGAAUGUUUGUGAGGCAUGAUGGUGUUAGCAGUUUCUUUGUUAAGGAUACCAUUCAAGUAGAUCAUAAUGUCUCACGACACUUGGGUUAUGAACUUAACCGGACUGAUUGGAAACUUCUGAUUCUACAUUAUCUUGGCUUGGACCACGUUGGACAUAUUGGUGGGCGCAAGAGUGCAUUAAUGGCCCCUAAAUUGAGGGAGAUGGAUGAGACUAUCAAAAUUAUUGAUCAAAGUGUUUUACAACCUCAAGAUAAAGAUGAAGGGCGGACACUCCUGUUGGUGGUUAGUGACCACGGAAUGACUGGAAGUGGUAACCAUGGAGGAUCAUCAUAUGAAGAAACUGAUUCUUUGGCUCUUUUUAUCGGUCCAAGAAAUUUUGGUGGUAUCAAAGUGACCCAUAACAAAGUUAAUCAGGUUGAUAUUGCUCCAUCAUUAGCUCUUCUCUUCGGUGUUCCUAUUCCCAAAAACAAUGUCGGGAUGCUGUUGGGAGCAGCGCUGAAACCUUUGACAGGUAUUACAGAUGACCAACUGCUUAGACUAUUGGAAUUGAAUUCUUGGCAAUUGCUGAGAUUGCUUCAUGCACAGUUUCCUGAUUUAGUUUAUGAAAAGGUUUCAUGCGCUGCCUCUUGUAAAGAGAAUUUUGUAUCAAGUGAUCGACUACAAAUGCUAUGUUGCUUGUACCUUGAGGCUGCAUCUCUUCAUGGAUCCUGGAAAACUCAAAGAGGUUUCAGGUCAAUGAGUGCAGAUGACCACAGUAGCGUCAUUGCAGCAUAUCAUAAGUUUUUAAGAGUAGCAAGUGAGUGCCUAUCUCGCAGAGCAACUGAUAAACCCUUUGGUCUCCUUGCAUGUGGAGUAGCUGCCAUGUUCUUGUCCUCUAUGAUCUUUCUGGCGCUUCUGUUCUCUCUAUUCGAAGAGAAUUUAGUUGGGGAGAAAGGAUCUUUCUUUUGUGCCAAUGCUAGCUUGCGGGGGUGGUAUUUUGAUGAGAUAUUUAAUUUGUUUAUGGUCACAAUGGUUGUUAUUAGCAUGGGAUCGAGUUCAAUGAUAGAGGAAGAGCAAUACAUAUGGCAUUUUUUUACUGUGUCAUUUCAUUUGGUGGUCCUCCGUAAAUUAGUGCAGACUUUUACUUCACAACCUAUGCAAAAUAUGAAUAAUAUAAGUACGGCUUCUAAGAGAAGACAUCUUCAGAUUUAUUUGAUUAUUGUUGUUCUAGCUUCGGGAAGAUUUUUGAGGGGGUGGCAUCAAGGUGGUGUUAAUUGGGUUUAUCUUCCUGACAUUGCAAAAUGGCUUGCGCAAGCAGGAAAUGCUUACAUAAAGAUGCUGCAGUUGGUUUCAGCUAUCCUUAUAAUCAGCAGACACUUAUUAUCUGUAGUGUGGUUGAAAUGGUCAAGUAGAAAAUAUGCGACUUUGGCUGUACUGAUCCAUUCAUUCCCUGGAUUGUUGGUUCUGCUGUAUAUUACCAAAUACCAAGAUGUUGCAUUUACAGAAUCCAAUUAUGCAGCUACUUCAUUUACCCAGAUAAUAUAUGCGACACUGAUUAUUUAUGUCGCUGGGACUGUGUUGUUUGCUCCAUGGGUUAUGCUUCCCCGAAACAGUUCUUUCUUGUCCAAUGAUCCUUCAGAAUUUCAAAAGACUUUUCUAAUUUUGGUUAGAGGUGCAAGCUAUGUGGUUGGGUCUAUUUAUAUAUAUUGUUGGUGUCUUCUACAGCUGGUGCUGCAGCAGCCUGUAAAUACAGCAGCCUUUUUAUUGAUUCUGAUCCAAAUUUUGGGCAGCAUUUGGUGCUUCGCUAAUUCCGGUCAUCUUUUUCGUGAAUGGGUUGAGGUUUCUGCACUCUAUUAUGUGGGUAUGGCAGGUCACUUUGGUCUUGGUAACACCAACACUCUUGCCACCAUUGACGUGGCUGGUGCUUUUAUAGGUGUGUCGAAUCAUUCUACAUUACUUUCUGGUAUCUUAAUGUUUGUGAUCACAUACGCUUCCCCAGUUUUAUCUAUGCUUAGUAUGGUGGUGUACAUUGCUAUGAAGGACACUGUUGUGAGAAAGUCGCAGGAACACGCGUUUGGACAUCUGGUCAAGAUGCUAAUUGGUUUUCCUUGUCUGGUUCCUUUGGGCUUGAAUUCCAUUCUUUUGAUUGCUUAUACAAUUGUAUUGCUUCUAAUGAGGAACCAUUUAUUCGUUUGGAGUGUCUUUUCUCCAAAGUACCUAUAUGUUUGUGCAACAACGGCUUCCCUAUGUUUUAGUGCGACUAUUGUAGCAUUGACUGUAGCAUACAUAUCCAUGGUCGUGUUUCGACACGUGCAAGACCAGCAGUUCAAGAAGGAUAUGUCAUCCCAUUAAAUGCUAUAUUUCGCUGCCUAGCAUUUACCUGGAGAGUUCUAUUGCUUGAGCUCAAGAUAUUUGUGAUGUUGACUAAUUCCGGUGUGCUCAUUUCUCAAUUUGUGGUGGGAGAACAGAAUUGUGUCUUGCAAGUUGUGUGGUGAUUGCUACUUUUCAGGGUGUGGGAAAAUUCAUAACCAAUGUGGAUCUAAACUACAACAUUAGAAUACUAUAGCAUAUAUACUUUUCAGGUUGUGGGAAAAUUGAUUUUACCGAAACACGAUUGUCAACAUAGUUUUGAUGGGAUCACAUGCACAAUUGUUGGUAUGAUCGCAUUCGCCAUGUGUAGUUGUUCCAUGUUUUAGUUCAUGUACAUGCAUAUUCAAU